CCUCUCUAUAUGUACAUCUUCUCCGAUUUCUUGCUCUGCCCAUAACUCUUUCUCUCCUUUCUUCUCGUUUCCUUUGUUUCUUGUUUACUCUUUUAGGCCAUGGCUACUUGUUCAGCGGACCUUGCUUCGCUGCUAGGCCCCAACGCCACCGCGGCAGCCGACUACAUAUGCAAUAAGUUCAGUGACUCUUCUUUUGCUGUUGACAACACUUACCUUCUCUUCUCAGCCUACCUUGUCUUCUCCAUGCAACUUGGCUUUGCCAUGCUUUGUGCUGGCUCAGUCCGUGCCAAAAACACCAUGAACAUCAUGCUUACUAACGUCCUUGACGCUGCCGCAGGUGGCCUCUUUUACUACCUUUUCGGCUUUGCCUUUGCCUUUGGUUCCCCUUCUAAUGGCUUCAUUGGUCGCCACUACUUUGGCUUAAGAUCUAUUCCUUCCUCUUCUUUUGAUUAUAGUAAUUUCCUUUAUCAGUGGGCUUUUGCUAUUGCAGCUGCUGGGAUUACCAGUGGCUCCAUAGCUGAAAGAACCCAAUUCGUUUCUUAUCUUAUAUAUUCAUCUUUCUUAACCGGUUUUGUUUACCCUGUUGUUUCUCACUGGUUUUGGGCGAGCGAUGGUUGGGCCAGUGCUUUUCGAACCGAUAACGACUUCCUUUUUGGUAGUGGGGUUAUUGAUUUUGCUGGUUCGGGGGUUGUUCAUAUAGUUGGUGGUGUAGCCGGCUUAUGGGGUGCUCUUAUAGAAGGGCCGAGAAUAGGCCGAUUCGACCAUUCGGGUAGGUCAGUUGCCUUGCGUGGUCAUAGUGCAACCCUUGUUGUUCUUGGAACUUUCAUGCUUUGGUUCGGUUGGUAUGGGUUCAACGCGGGUUCAUUUAACAAAAUCUCGAGCUUUUAUACUUCUGGGAACUAUUAUGGGCAGUGGAGUGCAGUGGGAAGAACGGCCGUGACCACCACUUUAGCUGGAUGCACGGCGGCAUUGACUACUCUUUUUGGGAAAAGGUUGUUGACAGGUCAUUGGAAUGUGACUGAUGUUUGCAAUGGUUUGCUUGGUGGCUUUGCGGCUAUAACUUCAGGGUGCUCUGUAGUUGAACCCUGGGCUGCUAUUAUAUGUGGGUUCGUGGCUGCUUUAGUUUUGAUUGGUUGCAACAAGUUGGCCGAGAAAGUCAAAUUCGAUGAUCCUUUAGAGGCUGCACAAUUGCAUGGUGGAUGUGGUGCUUGGGGAGUUCUUUUCACAGGUUUGUUUGCUUCUGAAAAAUAUGUCAGGGAAGUUUAUGCCAGCAGGCCGGUUCGAUAUGGGUUGUUUAUGGGAGGUGGAGGGAGGCUAUUGGCUGCUCAGAUUAUCCAGAUAUUGGUUAUUGUUGGGUGGGUGAGUGCUACAAUGGGGACUUUGUUUUAUUUUCUUCAUAAGUUUGGGCUUUUGAGGAUCUCAGCUGAUGAUGAAAUGGCUGGUAUGGACUUGACCAGACAUGGAGGUUUUGCUUAUAUUUACCAUGAUGAAGAUGACUUACAUAAGAAUGGGACUCAGAUGAGCAAAAUUGAAAGUCAUCCGACUCCAGUCUAAAAGUCUACUGUUUCUCUCCUUUUUUUAUUUAAUUUCUAUUUUCCAGGUCGGAGAUAAUGAAAGCGUAUAACUUCAAAAUGGAUUGUUUUUUCUCUUUUUAAUUCAUGUAAUGUUGAAAAAUGUGGCAAUGUGAAUGUAUAGAUAUUGAUUUUGGUGGUGGACAAG